GCUGCGAAGAUGCCGGUCCGGAGGGGCCACGUCGCUCCGCAGAACACCUUCCUGGACACCAUCAUCAGGAAAUUCGACAGCCAGAGUCGCAAGUUUGUCAUCGCAAAUGCCAGAGUGGAGAACUGUGCCAUCAUCUUUUGCAACGAUGGCUUCUGCCACAUGUGUGGUUACUCCCGGGCUGAGAUCAUGCAGAAGCCAUGCACGUGUAACUUUCUCUACGGACCUGACACCAAGCGACUGGCUAUUGCCCAGAUGGCGCAGGCCCUGCUGGGGUCAGAGGAGAGAAAAGUGGAAAUCAACCUCUACCGCAAAGACGGUCAGUGCUUCCUAUGUAUGGUGGAUGUGGUGCCAGUAAAGAACGAGGAUGGCGUGGUGAUCAUGUUCAUCCUCAACUUUGAGGUCAUGACAGACGACACACUCGUAGACCACAAAGAGGAGCUGAACCAUCGCCUGCCCACCUGGCUCGUCACAGGUCGCCCACGAGGCUUCAAGCUGCGUCUUCCCCUGCUGCGCUCGCUGUCCAACAGCAAAGCGUCUUUGAACGACCCUGAGACCGGUCACAUCCCCAAAGCGACACCUCUGCAGCCGCACUCAGACCACCACAGUCCCGCGACCUUAGGCCUGGGGGAGUUCCUGCCCCGCCCCCACUUACAGCCAGACCACCAGGAGAAAAUCAGUGGAAGCAGGUUAGCUCUGCAAAGUUGGCCAGAAGACCGUCGGGAGGACCAGCGCACUUUACUGGGCUCUAGGCCUACUGUACCCCAUCCUCCACCUCAGCUUCCUCCACACGGAACCCACCUGGUGGGUCCCCUGACCCAGUCAUCACCCUGCAUAGCGCCCCAUCACCGCCUCAGUCUCAACCCAGACGCCUCAGGCUCCAACUGCACCUUAUCACAUAGCCGCUCGCGGGAAAGCUUCCACAGCAUGCGUCGCGCAUCCUCUGUAGACGAGAUCGAAGCCAUGAGGACCGACUGGGAAAAAAAGAAUCGGAGAGCAAGUAUCCGGCCAGGCAGCAGCAGCACGGGUGCAGUAAACAGUAAAUCCAACAUACUGAACUCCACGUCAGACUCGGACCUCAUGCGGUACAGAACAAUCUCCAAAAUUCCCCAGAUCACCCUCAACUUUGUUGAUUUCAAAGCUGACCCACUCAUCGCCCUGCCCUCGGGGGAGAUGGACAUCAUAGCUCCCUGCAAACUCAUUGACCGGACGCACCACGUCACAGAGAAAGUCACACAGGUACUGUCACUGGGUGCAGAUGUGUUGCCGGAGUACAAGCUCCAAGCUCCUCGCAUCCACAAGUGGACAGUGUUGCACUACAGCCCGUUCAAGGCCGUGUGGGACUGGCUUAUCCUGCUGCUGGUCAUCUACACCGCCAUCCUGACCCCUUACUCAGCCGCAUUCCUCCUCAAUGACCAGGAAGAGGUUGCUAUGCAGAAUUGUGGUUACUCCUGCUCUCCUCUCAACGUGGUGGACCUAAUGGUGGAUAUCAUGUUCAUCAUUGACAUCCUCAUCAAUUUCAGGACAACUUAUGUGAACGCUAAUGAUGAAGUGGUGAGUCACCCUGUGCGUAUCGCUGUCCACUACUUCAAAGGCUGGUUCCUCAUCGACAUGGUGGCCGCUAUCCCCUUUGACCUGCUCAUCUAUCGCAGCGGAGAGGAGACCACCACUCUGAUUGGUCUGCUGAAGACUGCUCGCCUCCUGCGCUUGGUCCGUGUGGCCAGGAAGCUGGAUCGCUACUCGGAGUACGGAGCGGCUGUCCUGUUCCUCCUCAUGUGCACCUUCGCCCUCAUCGCUCACUGGCUGGCCUGCAUCUGGUAUGCCAUCGGUAGUGUGGAGAGGAAUGGUUCAAUUGGCUGGCUCCACACACUGGGGGACCAACUGGGAAAACCCUACAAUGACUCCAUCCCAGGUACUGGACCUUCCAUCAAAGACAAGUACGUCACGGCUCUGUACUUCACCUUCAGCAGUCUGACCAGUGUGGGCUUUGGAAAUGUUUCCCCAAACACCAACUCGGAGAAGAUCUUCUCCAUCUGUGUCAUGCUCAUAGGAUGCUCAGAGUCAGGGAGUUCAUCCGUUUCCACCAGAUCCCCAACCCGCUCAGGCAGAGGCUGGAGGAGUAUUUCCAACACGCCUGGUCCUACACCAACGGCAUUGACAUGAAUGCUGUGCUGAAAGGUUUCCCAGAGUGUCUCCAGGCAGAUAUCUGCCUCCAUCUGAACCGGACCCUGCUGCAGAACUGUAAGGCUUUUAAAGGCUCCACCAAGGGCUGCCUCAGGGCGCUGGCCAUGAAGUUCAAGACCACCCACGCGCCUCCUGGUGACACGCUGGUCCACGCCGGGGACGUCCUCACCGCACUCUACUUUAUAUCCAGGGGAUCCAUAGAGAUACUGAGAGGAGAUGUGGUGGUGGCCAUCUUGGGGAAAAAUGACAUCUUCGGCGAGCCCAUCAACCUGUAUUCCCGGCCGGGUAAAUCCAACGCUGAUGUUAGGGCUCUCACCUACUGCGACCUCCAUAAAAUCUUCAGAGAAGACGUUCUGGAGGUGCUGGACAUGUAUCCUGAGUUUGGAGACAACUUCUGGAACAACCUGGAAAUCACCUUUAACCUCCGGGAUACCAACAUGAUCCCAGGCUCUCCAAGCAGUGGCGACUCAAACUGUGGGGGAUUCAACAAAUUACGGAGACGCAAGUUAUCAUUCCGACGACGUACAGAAAAAGACGAGGCAGAUGCUGGAGAAAUUAAAAAGUCCCAUAAGUCUGUGAGACGAAGACAUAGGGAGGCAGCUAGCAACCAUACGCAGGGGGAGGCGCCUCAGAGGACGUGGGAGUCACAUCGGAGCUCAGUGUCGUCUCACUCCAGUGGUGAUGAGGGGGAGGAGUCUGUUGUGACGGGCCUGGCCCCUCCUCCGGAAGUUCUGGGUAACCCACAGGGUCACGCCCCGCCAAUGAACUUCAAAGAGAACUCUGAGGCUGAUGGAGACCCCAAGACUGGGAACACCUGCAAUGCCCUGUCAGGUGCUUUGUCAGGCGUGUCCAACAUCUUUAGUUUCUGGGGGGAGAGUCGGGGGGGCGGUCAAUACCAAGAGGUUCCCAGCUGUAGCCUGACCUCCCCGCCGACAAUCAACACGCCGUUACACAGCCUGAGCCGGCAGCAGCGCAACCAGCUGGACACGCGACUGGACAUGCUGCAGAAACAACUCAACAGGUUGGAGAGUCGCAUGUCAACAGACAUCGGAGCCAUCAUGCAGCUGCUGCAGAGACAGAUGGCUCUGGUUCCUCCUGCUUACAGCGCUGUCUCCACACCACCUCAGGCCUCGCCUUACCCUGGUCCUAGUCCAGAGCCAGGCCCAGGAGAGACACUGGUUCAGCCUGUUACACCACUGGAGACAGACACCUUAGCUUCUUUAUCACAGAUCUUGGAUUCCCAGGACUUUGAGGAGUUCCCGGCGCAGCCUGUUGAACCUCUGCAGGCCCAGGAAUCUUCUCUGAUCCACACGAGCCAGGGUCCUCUCACUCCCUCCAGACUCGACAGCCUGGGGCAGCAUCUGGAGCUGGAGCUGGAGCUGGGCCUGGGGACGGGGGCUGCGGCAGUUUCAGGCCCAGCAGCAGGCUCAAGUUUAGAGUUGGAGUUAGGGAGUACGGCGACGGUGGGCUCAAGCUUAGGAGCAGCGUUAGACUUUGGCUCAGAGAUGUGUGUCGUGUCCCGGAUUGGGCUGGCGACUGGUUCGGGAGCAUCUCCUCUGGAUCCUGAAACUCAAAGGAGGCUGUCCCUCCAAGAACCGCAGACGCCACUGGACUCAAGGACACCACAGAGACACGGCUCCGACCCCGGGGGGAGCUAAGGAAGCG